AUGUCAAAGGAAGUAGACUACGACGCAGUCCGCAAGGACAUUGCUGCAUGCAUGGAGCAGCCGGGCUAUGACGAUGGCUCGGCGGGACCUGUGUUCGUGCGAUUAGCGUGGCAUAGCGCCGGCACGUAUUGCAAAGACACCAAGACCGGCGGUAGCAACGGUGCAGGCAUGAGGUAUGAGAAAGAGGGCGGCGAUCCUGCCAACGCCGGCUUGCAACAUGCCCGUGUCUUCCUCGAGCCCGUCAAGGCGAAGCACGAGAACCUCUCGUAUGCUGAUCUCUGGACACUCGCCGGUGUGGUGGCAAUAGAAGAGAUGGGCGGCCCCAAGAUCGAGUGGAAGGCCGGUAGAACAGACUUCACAGACGACAGCAAAGUACCUCCUCGAGGUCGUCUGCCCGAUGGCGCACAAGCCGAAGACCACCUGCGAGCCGUCUUUGGCCGAAUGGGCUUUACUGACGACGAGAUCAUCACGCUCUCUGGCGCACACAAUCUCGGUCGCUGUCACGCUGAUCGCUCCGGCUUCGAAGGCCCUUGGGUCAUGCGACCGACCGUGUUCUCGAACCAAUAUUACAAGAUGCUCAAGAAUAUGGAAUGGAAGCCAAAGGAGUGGUCCGGACCCAAGCAAUAUGCCAACGAUGACCUCGGCCAGGAGCUCAUGAUGCUCGAGACCGAUCUUGCGUUGCUCAAGAUGAACAAGGAUCUCGUGCACAAGUAUGCAGACGACAAGGACGCUUUCUUCGACGACUUUGCCAAGGUCUUUGCUAAGCUUAUUGAACUCGGCGUUGAUCGCAAGGAUGCUGGCUAUGAAGCGGCCCCCAAGAAGUCAAACGAUGCUGGCGCACCUGGUCAAGAAGGCAACGAUGGACAAGCCUCGAUUGUCAAACACGAUGAUGUCAAGAAGACGAGAUCGUCCAAGCUAUAGAGCACCUCCACUUUACAAAACUGUUUAUAGACUUUCACUGUAGUUCUUCCCUUUCCGCAACCUACACCUUGCUCAUCUUAGAUGUGCAUCACUC